UCUCGUCUCGUCUGAAACAACAGAAACCAGCCGCCGUCCAUGCAAGUAGAAACAACAAGCGGACAGAAAUACCGAGAGCGAGAGUGAGAAUCGGGCAACGCUGACUGACUCAACGGCAAAACACAACAUACGGUCGGACAGUGCCUGAUUAUUCUGCCCUCGGAAGGCCUCCGGAGCGGGCGCACCUAGACCGAACGUACGACGUGCCACAGUUUCGCUGUACAUACCAACGGAAAGAGAACCGAGCGUGUACGUGUGUUUGUGUGUAUGCGUUGAUCGGGAAUUCUUCGGACGGUUGGACGGAGUUGUUGUGUCUACUGAGUUUCGGGAACAAGUCCGCGCGGUGUGACAGUUACGAUAGUUGUCAAACGGACAACGGAUCCGCGAAGUUCUGGACGCGACGACGCGACGUACAGCUGAGGACCUACGCUACAGUUGACAGGACUGAAGAAAACAGUAGUUCAGCAGAGGUUCACAUCGCGACAGAGAUUCCGGAGUUCGCACGGUGGCAGUAUCCUUAGUUACAUAACGGUGUCAAUUCCAGUCCAAGUUUACCAAAUUUUCCAAUAGUUACAGGCAGUAGUGACCUGACGUCCACUUUUUUUACAUCAGUCCAGAAGUAGUGCGUGUUAGUACCCGGUAGUAGUUGCGCGGCCGUCUCUAUCUGUGAUCAGAACUUCCUCCAAGGAAGCGCUUCAUUCAACGCGUGUGUCUACGAUCCAGCAAUCGUGCGGCAGAUCAUAAAUAUAUCAACAAUUCUAAUCAAGCGAAGUGUUGUGUAUCAUAAAAGGCCAUAACGAGGCCAUCAACGAGCUAUUUUUACGAAUGUGUGUAUGCAUUCAGCAGUGUUCCAAAGAGUAUCACCUUGAUCCGUAAUCAACGGGCAAAUUAUAGAAACAUCACAUCAUCCCGGACUGUGUCGUCCCACCUUGUAGCAGACGAGAAGAGUUUAGUGACAACUGUGCUGUAUCAUAGCGAUCGCGAUCGCGCGCUGUAUCAGUGUGUGUGCACACACGAUCAAGUGGGAUUAAUCUAAUUUACAAUCAUUCCCGGGAGAGAUAUACGAAUCCUCCUGCAAACCGACCGUGUGCACAAUCAACGGGACAAACGAGAAGAGAAAUUGCGCGCAGAUCAAGUGCGAAUGUACGCGAAAGUGUCCCCUUCCUUCCGCAGCCAGUAGCCAGUGGUGGGCGGCAGAGAGUGCAGUGAAGAACCCCUGUGUUCAUUGUCUGUCUGUGUGCGUGUCCCGCACAAUGUGCUAAUUGAAACAAAUGAAAUAUAAAUCGGUGCAAAUAUUUACCUCAGUGUGUUAUCGUUUCGUUGGAAAAUAGGAGAACGAGUUGAAGCAACUACAUAAGCAACAAAAAGGCCCAACCCAGCCAUCAAAGAAGAUUGAUUUAGUGAGAAGUGAGUGUGAAUCCGCGCGUUACGUCGUCGACAGGAGUUUUUCGGGGUUUCGCGCGAAAGAGGCCGCCCGCGUCUCCCUCCCCGGGGAGGUGAAAUAUGUACGAAGUGGCCACGGUCGCGGGCAACAAACUAGACGCAGCGUACGCCAUCAAGAGCCUGUCCAGCAUCAUGGGGCAAAUCUCCAGCACGGCGUCCACCAACAACAACCACCACGGUGGCGCCACCGUAGGCCGAAAUGGCAAGAAGAUCUACCACCGACACUCAUCUGUGCAGCCGGCCUUGGCCAACAUCAAACUGCUGAAGAAGGAGAACUCCUUCAGCGGGAAGGAGCACCAGAUCAAGGACACCCUGCACAAGGCCCGGACCGAGAGUAAAAACAUCGACCAGCUAUUGCACGUAGCUUCCAAUGGGCAGAGUCCGGCAGCCCCACCGGUCAGCAUAGCAACCACCGCAAGCAACGACCUGAAUCUCAGCAAAGGCUCGAGCACCAUGUUCAGCUCGACCAAUAGUAAAGAGUUCUUCAAAUCGGGCGAUGCCUACCACAAGACUGAUAUCUGUUACUACAAAACCCUGGACAAUGGUUACCACAAGCUACCAUCCGACUCGUACCACAAGAUGACCGAAGGGUGCUACGUCAAGCUGCCGGACGGCAGCUUCCGCAAACUAGACGAUAAGGUACAUUCCCUAGAUGCCAACGCCGUCAUCGGAACGGGUGACAAGCGGUCCGGUGCUACGCUGGGAACCGGUUCGAACGUCGACCAAACCACAACCGGUCGACACGACGACUCCGGUGUCCAGUACCGGGUCAAAAACCCGGUCAUGAAGUUUCUCAAACGUUCCAAAUCUCACACACCCUCCACCAUUGCCCAACUCCAGAAGGAAAAGGAGAAGAAUCGCCUCAGUACAAUCCAGUCCCCGGAUAUGGACGCCGGUCGUCCUCCGGUAUCGCACCAACAGCAGCAGCAGGUUCUGCACCACCAUCACCAUCAUCACCACACCCAGCAACAGGAUUCCACCUCCGUCAACAGCAGCACCAACAGCAAAUCGCAACAUUCCAGCAAUCACCAUCACCAUUCUUCUUCGUCGCAGCAGCCGCAACCGAACCAGAACCGCCGGGUCAUGGUCACCAUGAUUGACGGCGGCCUGCCGGUGGUGGCCAAGAGCAAACCCAUCCACGAUAAACCAAAAAGUGCCAAAGCUCGGGCCCAGGAAGCCAAUAGGGAUAAGGGUUCACCAAAUAUGCAGAUGCGCGGAACCGGUGCUCGAUGGCGACCGGCCGAGGAACACAUCGGCAAGUACAAACUGCUGAAAACCAUCGGCAAGGGUAACUUCGCCAAGGUGAAACUGGCCAAGCACGUCCCGACGUCCAAGGAGGUGGCCAUCAAAAUCAUCGACAAAACGCAGCUGAAUGCGUCCUCGCUGCAGAAGCUGUACCGGGAGGUGCGAAUAAUGAAGCUGUUGGACCACCCGAACAUAGUCAAGCUGUUUCAGGUGAUCGAAACCGAAAAAACACUCUACCUGGUGAUGGAGUACGCGUCCGGCGGCGAGGUGUUCGACUACCUGGUCCUGCACGGGCGGAUGAAGGAGAAGGAAGCCCGCGCCAAGUUCCGACAGAUCGUGUCCGCCGUCCAGUACUGCCACCAGAAGCGAAUUAUCCAUAGAGAUUUAAAGGCAGAGAACCUGCUGCUCGAUAGUGAAAUGAACAUCAAAAUUGCCGACUUUGGUUUCUCGAACCAAUUCACGCCCGGCUCCAAACUAGAUACCUUCUGCGGUUCGCCUCCGUACGCCGCACCGGAACUGUUCCAGGGCCGAAAGUACGACGGUCCCGAGGUGGACGUGUGGUCGCUCGGCGUCAUCCUGUACACCUUGGUCAGUGGGUCGCUCCCGUUCGACGGGGCGACGCUACGAGAGCUGCGGGAACGAGUCCUCCGGGGAAAGUACAGAAUCCCCUUCUACAUGUCGACAGACUGCGAAAACCUGCUGAAGAAAUUCCUCGUCCUCAACCCGGCCAAACGGGCCAGCCUCGAGUCCAUCAUGAAGGACAAGUGGAUGAACAUGGGAUACGAGGACGACGAGCUGACACCCUACGUUGAACCUAAGCCCGAUCUGAAAGAUCAGAAACGGAUAGGUAAGACGGAAGCGUUAGUCGCGAUGGGCUAUAAUAGGCAAGACAUAGAAGAAUCAUUGACAUUCACACGAUACGAUGAUGUUUUCGCCACUUACCUACUACUCGGAAGAAAGAGCACCGACCCGGAGUCCGACGGCUCCCGGUCCGGAUCGUCUCUGUCGCUACGUAAUAUCGCCGGCAAUGAGGGUGCCGCCGCUGGCAACUCCCAAGUGCAAAGUCCCACUCACCGAGGCGUGCAUCGAAGUAUAUCGGCAUCGAGCACGAAGCCGAGCAGACGGGCCUCAAGUGGCGGUGAAACCUUACAGAUCUUCCAACGCUUCAUUACAGGUGUCGGACCGACGACGGUAGUGGCUCCAGCAGCUGCCGGGGGUGGCGGUGGAAGCAAUGCUACCGGGGCCAACUCGGCAGCGGCCGGUGCUUCGGCGGCCAGUGGAACCGGUGCCGCAGCGGUGAAUAACACCACCGUCAGUAACAAUCACAGCUCGGGGGCCAGCAGUGGCACCUCGGAACGGACAUCAGUUAGCAGUAAUUUCAAGCGACAGAACACCAUAGACUCAGCCACCAUUAAGGAGAACACGGCCAGAUUAGCCGCACAAAAUCAGAGGCCGGCGUCGAGCAUAACCAAACCGAUCACAUCGGCGGAUAACUCAUCGAUCUCCAGCCCGGCGAAACCGCGUACCACCAGUACGGCCACGGGCAAGUUCGACCCCAGCAAUGGCAACCGGACGGUUGGCCCCAGCGCCGGCGGCAUGAUGCCGAGAAGGUCCACGACGUUGUACGAGAAGACGUCCUCAACGGAAAAGACAAACGCCACCACGGAUUCCACCUUCAUUGGUCCUAUUCCGGAAUUCACCCGCGGCAGCUCGGCCGGAGCGGGCAGUGGCAAAGGUCACGUGAAGAGUGCGUCCGUCUCGAGCCCGGGACCGUCGGCCGACAGUAGUGCCAACAGCGCCGCCACAACCGAUCCCCUCCGUCAAAGCAUGGUGAAUCGCAAUAGUCUUACACCAGCCGUUAAUUCUUCCAGACAACCGGUUGCAUUUCCCAGGAAUGUUCCAUCGCGAUCGACUUUCCACUCGGGUCAAACCAGAUCCCGCAACAGUACGACAUAUGCUGGCACCGGAGGCACCGUCGGCGACUCGCCACACACUGGCAAAACUUUCCUGCAAAGACUUACUACCAGAUUCAGCAAACGGCCCAACGAAGGCCAAGCAAAUACUUCAUCAAAUAGUAGUGGCUCGACGGCGGAGGAACCGGUUAAGCCCCGGGUGCUACGCUUCACCUGGUCGAUGAAGACGACUUCGCCGCGGUUGCCGGACGAGAUCAUGGCCGAGAUUCGGUCCGUGCUGGACAAGAACAAUUGUGAUUACGAGCAACGGGAGAGGUUUGUUCUGCUGUGCGUACAUGGUGACCCCAAUACGGACUCGCUGGUGCAGUGGGAAAUUGAGGUGUGCAAGCUGCCCCGGCUAUCGCUCAACGGAGUGCGGUUCAAGAGAAUAUCAGGUACCAGCAUUGGCUUCAAGAACAUUGCCUCCAAGAUCGCGUACGAUCUACGUCUGUGACUCGAUACAAAAUCGGAGGAGUAUCACUCGGUCGGUAGCGAUGCCCCGGACGGUAGUGAUAGAGGGGAUGGCGAUGGCAAAGGCGACGGCAAUGGCGGAAGCGGAGGCGGUAGCGGCAAUGGUGGUGACAGUGGCGGCAGCAGCAACGGCGGCAACAACGGAGACAAUGGCCACAGUGGUGGAAACAACAACAGUAACAAAGACAGCGGUUGUGGAAUCGAGCAUGGUGAUGAUACAACAACUACUACUACUAGAACAAGUGGAGAGGUGGACGGCAUUCGGAAAGGUUCGAUUGGACAUGCUAGUACUACGGUAGCGUAUGGUUUCGUUGGUAAUAGAUAUGGUGGUUCUAGUACUACGGGUACUACUUAUAUGACGACGACGAAGGCGGACGGUAAAGCUUACGGUGGUUAUGGCGUUAAUCACUACGACUAUCCCAGCGAUAAGUAUAACCCGAUACGGGACGAUGACGGAAUCGGAGCCGAGGCUAGGGAUUCCGCCACCUCGAAAGGAGGUGGUGGCGACAAGGUGGUCGGAUACAAUAAUAUAUUUGCAUCGUUGCUGAGAACUACUACCCUCUAAGGAUGAGCAAUCAGCGGAGUUUACCGAGAAUGUUGUCAAGUUUCUAGAGUGUUGACAGUUAAUAUAUAAAACUAGUAACCGGAAAAUUGUAAUUACAAGGAAAGCCCAUUUUAUAAACACAUACCUACACACAGUUGUUCAAGAUGGUAGAUGGUUAAACACACGCAAACCCCCUUUUACAGCAUAGUAUUCUCGUUGAAAGGAUAUCCAUGAAGGAAAUACAUACACAUACAUACAUAUUUAGCUAAUUGAGACAUACAAAUAAAACAAACUAUUGAAUAGUGUGCAUGUUGGAUAAAAACUCCAAUACGAGCAGUGGUUGGACAAAAUUCUGUCUUUCAUUACUCGACAUUUGCGAGAUUGGCUUUCGUGAAGUACUAGAUCGCCGCACCGCUGCUCAAAUCGUGAUGCAUUAGUUAAACAGCUCAGUUUCGAUAUCUUGAACUAAUUCAUACUCUCUCACCUGAUCAUAGAAAACCACUAGGUACUCUAAUCCAACGCGAAUAACAAAAAGAAACAUGCCUUUUAACAGCAAACAAGAACAACGUCGCCACCAUCACCUCUAAUUGUGUGAAACAGAACGGUAAUCCAUUCAGAGUUUCCCCUAUUCAGCAGCCGAGGAACUUUACUGAGAAAAGACUUAUAUUCAAGUGGAAGACCUCCCGUUUCUAGGUAAAAACAUAUGAAAAAACGACUGAUUUUAUCCGUGGGAUUUGUUCGGAACCCGGACCCACAUAAUCUCUUACUUACUCUUACUAUUGCGCUACUACUGCACACACCUUUCGCGCGCGUAGUACAGCACCGUCAAUCGUCAAACACAUUUGUAGAACACACAAACACUCACACUCUCAAGCAAAAACACUGUAUUAUUGAUGCAUCAUUGCCAUCAUCGUCAUCAUCACGCGUGUCUCCCACGUAGCUAGGUCGAAUUUAUCUCCGAUUCUGUGGCAGCUCUGUCGUGCGGACAGCAAAGCGAAUCGGUCCGUGUAUGUUGUAAUAAUCAAAAACCAAAAAAAGAAACAAGUAUAUAUCGCCACUAGAUGUCACCCUGUUAUCGCUUCCCGCACUUUCGUCCGCCAAAACGGGGUGUGGAAUCCGACUCCGUGAGCGAAAGUGUGAGUUCGUGUUAGCGUAUUGUAGUACUAGAAUAACCGUGGCAGUAGAACCUGUUUUCUAGCAGUGGAUGCGUGGAUGCGGUUGGGCGCCAAUGUGUGGUUGGGACGAAUGCGAGAGUGUUCUUGUUUUCCCGAGCUAAGAAGUGUAACUAGAAAUCAGAAAGCUCGAUCUUACUAGAUUAAGAGCGAGCUGAACCCCAUCUCGUGAGAAUUUCUCACGUUCAAUGUAAAUUUUAUCGCGCAGAUUCAAGACCCUUCCGUUCAUCAGAAGCAACCCGUUUCCGAAAUGACACCACGAAAACGCAGUCAAGCAAUUUCAAGCUGAAGACAAAUGUCAAGCAGAGUGCGCCGCGUUCAAUUGCUCAUUUGUAAGUAUGUAGAUUUUAUUUUAGUUCUUUUCCGAGUUUGUAUUGUUUUCAAUGCUACGUUUCGUUCGUUACUGAAAGACGCUUGCUUACGUAAAUAGCGCCCAGUUGCUAUCGAAUUUAGUGCAAUUUUGUAUCUCCUAGUUUAAAGAUAUAUCUAUGCUUCAAAAACUAUGUCAGGUGGGACGCCAUCUUGGGAACGGGCGACGACUGAUGUGCUCUUGGUUUUCUCGCCUAUCGUAUAACGAUCAUCAUCUUUCAUUCAAACAAUGAAUUAAACACCAUACGGCUAUUCAUGCAGAUACUAUAUCAUAAACUUUCAUUAACGGUAAAACAAAGAAGAAAGCAUGUAAAUCUCAUUAACUGUUAAAGUGAUUAGAGUUUAGAAUCCAACCGGAAAACAAAGAGCAAAGGAAUGAAUGAUAAAUUACGCAGAACUUCUAUACUUUAAGAUACAAAAUGGACUUAGAGAAAAUUUAAAAAAUAUUCAAAUAGCACGAAGCAGAGAGAAGGAGGUAAUAUGAAAUGACUAUUUAUUUUCUAAAAGAAGGAAAACACUGAAUCAAUUGACACACGAGAUGAACGCAAAUCAGAUCUGUAAAUUGGCCGAAAGCUGUUAAUAUCUAGAACAAGCAUUAACAUAAUGUUCUAUCCAGAAGUAUAAAUAUUAAUAUAAUCGUCAUCGCUGGAUGGGAGGAGUAAAAGGAUAAAAUUUUAAAAAAGGGAAAAGAUCAAAUUGAUAUCUUCUUCAACGUAAACAAGUGAUAAGCUCCCCCAUUCGAUGAGAAAUUAUUGAAAAAAACCUUGAAACUUAUGCAUAAAAGAAACAAGCGAAACUAGAAUAUUAACAUUAUUAUUAUUAUUAUAAAUACAACCUAUAUAAAACUAGUUAUUGUUAGAUUACAAAAAGUGCAACAACAGAGAAAGGAUUCAAAAGUACGUAUAAACAGACGCAAAACAGUUGAAAUUUCACUCCCAUUAUUCACCACAUGUUCACUCUCAAUACAAACGAAUUAAACUGAAAAACACAAACUGCUUCUCCAAUCACACACACACAAACACCCCAUCAAAAUCACCAGACAUGGCACCCAGGCGUCUUCUCGCGUUACUGCAUUGCCGGAAGUCGUUCCUGAGUUGUGAAAGUUACCCACCCGUUCCGCGAUUCAGUCACGCAAGUUAGGACACUGCCCCCAACGCCAUCUGUUAGACCGUUUCCCCCAUAAGAAGCGAUUAGCCCUCAAAAGGCUAAAGAUCAGCUAGCUGUUGAUGCUGUAGUGUAAAUAUACUAAAACCCUUUAAAAACUAGAGGCCGAACAGAGCAAGCAGAAGCUGAAAACCGCGGAAGCAAACGAUUGAUGAAUCCUUAGUUGUAAUAUGUUUUAAGUGUAAAUCCCUCCCCGUUUUCUUUCUGCCUUGGAAGCCGAUUGGUAGCAACCAGUUUGCCGCAAAAGGAAAGAAAAUAAUCGCAGUACGGUUAAGUUCAUUCACAGUUCAUCCCUAUUUCCUUCGUUAGCAAAUCUGUUAUGCUUUAAUUUUUGCGCCAAGCUUUCGUAUUUUGCAAUCCGUCUCCGGAUUGUUUUUUUUUUCUUUCGAUCCCUAUACUUUUCCAAACUCCCCAUAAUAGUGGAACCAUUAGAAAGACACACAAUACGGAAAAUAGUAUUUGCUAUGCUAUGCUAUCAAAAGCGAUGAAAAUCAACAAACACACAAACAUCGGUAAUAGCUGAACAACAACAAAAA